ACUUCAUUUCUGCCACCAAUCCAACAUGGCGUCGUAGGGACGUUGUUAUUGUCCGAGCAUUCAGUCGAGCUUUGUUAUAUCGCCCACGAAUGAACGGAAAAGGCCCCAGAACAUUGGCGGGGGCAUGAGAGGAAGAUUUGGGGAUAAUGCUGAGAUCAACCGGCUUCUUCCGUGGGCUUGACUGUCCGUUUUACGCCGAAUACGUUGAAGGCAAAGGCAGCGGCAAUGGGUGCAACAGACCCUACUGUCACUUCAGGCACAGCCAGCAAAGACGGCAGACCUACGAGUGCGCUGCUGUCGAAACUAAUAAGACCCACGCCGCCCAAAAAGAACAAGGUUAUGACCCCUUCAAACCUGAAGUUGUGCGACCUCAAGAGCAUCGGAAUGGAACUUUGCCUCAGUCGGGCGACCUCACCGGUGCUCUGGAGAUGGUCAACAAGGCCAUCGAGGAGGUCCGCAAUGAAGUGGAGAGGGAGAAGAAGAAACUGUGUCAGAUUGGGGACGAACCAUAUAAUCCCAGUGGAAGGACGAGCGCAUCUUCCUCUGAAGGCGUUAAAGGUCAGACAGCGGCUACACACUUGGCCUACGAUCCCGACAAUCAUCUCAUGACGUCAGGAGGGUACAACCCCAGCCCUGGUAGCAGCAAGUACACUCUGGAUUCGGGCAGUCGAGGAAGCAAUAGCAACUCCAUGGAGUAUGUUCCCGCUUUGGUCAAAAAGGCUCCAUCUCGGACACACACCCAGAGAGUCCCCUCUCCGCCCCCAAGUCCACGAUACUCCAGCAAGACAUCUUCCUCAACUUGUAAAUACACCCUGGAUACUUCGAAGCCAUCGACAGACAUGGAAUACGACCCGCUCUCCAACUACUCGGCAGGGAUUGCAGCAAAGCGUAAGAGUGACGGCGCCGUGUGCAAUAUUAUCACCAAGGGCAAAAAGACACAAAGGCUCCGCGCGUCCGAUGACGCCAUUUUCCCGUCUGUGAGCAAAGCGCCGCGACAGAGCGUCGACACAAACAAGUACACCAUCUCCGACUCUGACGCCGAAAGCUCUGGAACCGAGUACCGACCGACUUCGCUGAGUAGUCUUCAGCAGAAAAAAGUCAACAGCGUGACAAAAGUUGGAGACAAUUUGGGCAAGGAGAGGAAAGAGGUGGCUAAAGGUGCCCUAGAAGCACCGGCACAGAGGAAUAAGGAGCACUUGGAGACGGGGGAAAAGUUAGGCCCAGAGAAGAAAAAGAUAAGAAUCGAGAAAUCCGAGACAGCAAAAAUGAACCAAACAUUGCUUGUCAAAAAAAGUAGCAAGGAUAAGGGCAAAGAGUCUCUGAAGAAAUCGGAGAAAAAAGAGCAGACAAAAAAGGAAAACAAGAGUCACGGUGAGAAAAAGGACACUGUGAAAGUUAAGACUCCUGAUAAAGAGCACAAAAGAAGCGAUGAGAAGAUUCAUUCAAAAACAAACUCCAGCAAACGAGAUAAGGAGAUGGAAAACCGCGCAAAGGAAAGCGGCAAGAGCAAAGAGCAAAGCAAGCAGAAGGAAAGGAAACAUAAAAACGGCCAACUCCAGGCCACGAAAAGAGACAAGGAUGGAAGGAAUCUGAGCAAAAGCAGCUCCUCUACCACCAGUGCAAAGAGCAAAGCCACUUCGGCCAUCGGCAAAGAGAAAAUGAAACACAGCGCCACUAAAAACACAAAAAGCCCCAAACAAAGAACUCUGAGUCACGCGGAUCUUUUUGGCGACGAGAGCGCAGAGGAGGCGGAACCGAUGGGACCGGACGGCGACGAGUCGGAAGAAGCGCCGCCCGUGAGGAAAUCUGCCGACGCUUUGAAGAGGGGACAACUCACUAUGAGGAAAGCCUUCGAGCUGACUCUGUCUUUCUCCGAGGACGAGGACGACGGAGCCCCGGAAGGGAGCGCCGCCGACCCGGACGCGACCAUCGACUUGACGCUUUUCCAAGAUGACUUUGACUUUGACUCGGAUCCUAUGGAAGAGUGUUUGCGCAUCUUCAACGAAUCCAAGGAUGUCAAGAAGGAAGACAAGGGAAGGCAAGCCAAGCAGCCAUCCAGAGAUUUCGAGGAGGACCCCACUGAGAGCACUUUAACCACUCUCUUCCCUGGUCAGAAGAAGAGAGUCUCACACUUUGCUGCCAAACCAAAUACGGACGGACCUUCAAAGAACGUGGUCCGGCCACACAGGAGACCCACGGCUCAGGAGGUUUGCUAUCAGCGCUUGCAGUUGGCGCAGCAGCAAGCUGCUCAGCUUGCCGCUUCGGUCAAACCACAAAGCACACCCAGCAGCGGCUCUUCAGGAGAGAAGAAGAGGAUCGCACAUCGUCCCAACCCCUUGACAAUACCCUCCAAGGCCACAAGUUCUCAAGAUGCCAAAGCAGCUGGUAGCCUGCCCGUGAAGAGCCAAACCACAGCCGGUAUCUUGUCAAAGACCACGUCCACCGUUGCACAAAAACGAGUGGCUCACACACCCACCCUCAAGAGUUCUUCUAUGAAGCGUCCCAUCAUCCCCGUUGAUUUUGGGGCCAAAGUCCCCAACAUUAUUCGCCAGCGCUACCUCAACAAUUUCAUCGACGAGUGUAUCAAAUUUUGCCCGUCGGAGGAUGUUGCUUUCCAGAUGGGCCUUGACGAGGAAAAGCUAGUCUAUGACCGCAGCAACACCAAGAAAAUCUAUGUCAAUCUAGCGGUCAACACGCUGAAGAAGCUCCGUAACAGCAGCAGCAGCAGCAGCAGCUCUCGCUCCUCGCCUGCCAUCAAGGAGGUGGCUUUACCUCCUUCGAGGAAAGCCCAGUCUCAUCAGGAAGUUCUGGGAGGUCGUCUCGCAGCUACCACCAGUUUCACUGUCAAUAGGAUGGGUAGACAGCUCGAGGAGAAGCUCCAUGGAGCAUCGUUUUACAGGAAGCUGAAGGCAUAUUUGAUGACAGAGGAACAGCUGCAGGAGCACGGAUACCCUCGAUUGAACCCCAACGCAACAGGGAAGGCCGUUAUAUACAACCUCCCAGAGAAGAAGGCCGUCACGGACCCGUUCACCAAGAUAUGCUGCAGAUGCGGUGCAGAGUACCAAGUCAACGUCAAGGGUAACUGUAUUCGUAGGGAAGAGUGCGCUUUUCACUGGGGACGUUUGCGCAGGCAGAAAGUGGCUGGAGGCUGGGAGACCAUGUACAGCUGCUGCUCCGGGGCCGUGGGCUCGCCAGGCUGCCAAAUGGCCCAGCAACACGUUCAGGAUGGGCGCAAGGAGUCAUUAGAUGGCUUUGUGACCACGUUCAGCAAAGCUCUCCCAGGAGAUGGCAAUGGAGGAGUGUUUGCCUUGGAUUGUGAAAUGUGUUACACAAAGCAAGGCCUGGAGCUGACGAGAGUCACGGUCAUAAACUCCGACUUAAAAGUCCUCUACGACACAUUUGUCAAACCUGAGAGCAAAGUGGUUGACUUUAACACACGAUUUUCCGGCGUGACGGCCGAGGACUUGGAUGGUGCCACCAUCACCUUGAGAGAUGUUCAGGCUGUGCUGCUCAGUAUGUUCAGUGCCGAGUCCAUCUUGUUGGGACACAGCCUGGAGAGCGACCUCCUGGCUCUCAAGCUGAUUCACAGUUCAGUGGUAGACACAGCCAUCGUGUUUCCUCACCGACUUGGUUUACCCUACAAACGUGCCUUGAGGAACCUGAUGGCCGACUACCUCAAACGCAUCAUCCAGGACAGCGUCGAAGGCCACGACUCGAGCGAAGAUGCCGCCGCCUGCAUGGAACUGAUGAUGUGGAGGCUGAAGGAGGACGCAAAAGUCAAGAGAUGACCUCACGCCACCCUUUCAGACCUAAGAAGGACAUUUGGAGAUGUUGGGAUGGGUAAGCCCAGUUUUGAGCACAAACAGGCCAGAAGCACCUCGUGUGGCUUCUCGCCAAUGACGGAGAUAAGCAAUAGAAGCGAGCCCUCGUUAUCAGUGUUACCUCCAUUGAUAAUUCAGUCCUGACUUGUGAGUCAAAGUGCAGCGUUUGAGUCGUUUUUAACGUCCAAAGCCAAACAAUUUAGAGAAAAGACUCGUGUUGUCCACAGAAGGAGGAGGAUUGUUGUCAUUUCUUUGGCAGGCCACAUUGCACUAGAGAAAAGCGCUUGACGUGUCUCAAGUGCAAGUUCUUCAUCGGUGUUAACACGCGUUAACUUCACUUAUUCCCUGUUGUACAUGAAGUGCGUCGCUCUCGUGCUCCCAUGAAAACGCACUCGCUCUUUUUCUACAUUGCGCCAACGUCCCAACGUUGGUAAGGCUAAUUUUUGUCACAAAAGCGUGACUUACCUUAUCAUUAUUUGUUCAUAACUAUUUAAUAUAUUGACAGUAUAUCACUGUAGUUUUCAGUAGGGAUCUCUGUCAUGUGCUCUGCAUGUACAUCAGGACAUUUCUAAGUUUUGUAUCAUCGGCCCGCACAGUUAAAUCCAAUCUAUAUGAAGUACAUACCCUGUUGUUAGGUGGGUAAAGACACACCCAAUGCUGUAAAUAAGCUCAAUGCCAUUUUCUUUUGUAUUUCUGUAUUUUUGCUCAUUUUUCUUUUAUAUUAAAAGGGUAUUAGUAGAAAAAGUUUUUGGUUCUUGUGUGGAGGGGUUAGUGACAGUUGUGUCCGACCGAGUACAGUGCAGGACCUCUGGACAGCAGAGCAGGUGCAGCUGCUGUAAACCAACACGUGACAAAUGGGAGUGAAAGGCUAAAGUGAGAGGCCCAUCCUUUGCCUAUUAAGCUCCUCACAUCGCAUGUCAGGAUGUAUUUCCCCACGGCAAGGCCAGAGAGCCCAGGUAUGAAAAGAGCCAGAUAGCUGGGAUCAAUAGCCACACAAUGUUGCGGUGACAGCGAGGGGGGGGGCUUCCUCGUGCGUAUUGACUGUUGCAGAGGAUUUCUGGAACAAAGCAGCUUAGAGAGAUCGUCUUCAUUAUCAAAUUCGAUUAAUGCACGCUUUUCUCUCACCUUUGAAUGGUGUGGGGGUCACGCUGAUCUGAAAUGGACCCCAUGCUGAGGGAUGGGGAGCUCAAUUAUCUCUGUGUGAGUCUGAGCAAAGAAUCGUUUGACUCAACUUUUUCCAUGAUGUAAUGUCGCAAUUGAAUGACUGGCUAUUCUGGUUAUUUAUCUAACCAGUGUGCGUGAACUUGGUCAAUGUCAAUCAAAGUCUGGACUGUGUCAUAGCCAGUGUCAGAGCUCACAGCGUGAUCCUAGCCGCUGACCCGCCGCCUGCUCUCCCACUCCCGUCUAAGGUCAAAGGCCGGCCGGCCUUAUCGAUUCCCCCCACGAAGGGGCGCGCUUUAGCUCGCUCUCCGGGCCCAACUGCUCCUGUACCACCUCGAUUGUGUCCCACACGCCGAUUGAUCCGGUCGCUAUCCGAGGGGACCCUCCAUUCAGAUCACUGACAACUACAAAGGUCCCCUCUUGACAGAUCGUGUCAAUAUAAAUUUCCACUAUUGAUAAGUCAUUAAAGAAAGGCAGGACAUAAGGGGCCUUGCUUUUGAAAACAUCUGUUAA